AUGGAGUCUCCUAGGCUUGAUCAAAUAGUUCACCACCACAUUGACACCCCAACCUCCCCUUCACCUGAAAUGUUCUCCUUCCCAGGGACACCGACCGACGAUCCAUCCGAAUUCGAGUUUGGCUCGUGUGUUACACCGGAUUCUCCUACCAUGUCCUCUAGUGACGUGACCAAAAACAAUUUAGUUGAUGACUUCUCUACUACUUCACCAGCUGAUCAAUUCUUCCUAAACGGUCGUCUCCUCCCGCACGACUUCCCUGUCGUGCAAACGAUGAGUAGUAGCACCCGGGCCUCAUUCUCUGGACGAGAGAAUAUGGGCCCGGGUGCUAGUGUCACCCUGUCUAGGGGGACUAGCGCGGGGAGUAACAGGAGUGGCAGUUGUGGUAGUAGCCAGUAUAGUAGCAAAGAUUACUCACUGGUGUCGUCUAGAAGUAAUAGCACCAACAGUAGCAGAGGCAGCACGUGUAGCACAUGCACCAGUAAUGCUAGGAUUAGCUCCAGCGACGUUACUCCGGAGAGGAAAACAUUUCCAAAAAGAAUGCAUAGUGUAAAGGAAAAAACCGUUUCAAAUUCUCCCCUAGGAAAGUAUUACAAGUUUGGUGCGUCAGGGUCGUCACAAAGAUGGCAGUUCAUUACGGCAGUGCCCGUGCUAGGGCCAAGCCAGUCGCGGCGAGGGAGGAGAGAAAAUGGCGGUGGGACCGGUACGAGUCCGAGGAUGAUGAGGGAUGUCGGGAGUAAAGAGAAGCGUGGUGGUGAUAAUAAUAAUGGAAGUUUUUUGUACAAAAUAUUGAGGUCAGUUGUGGCGACAUGUAAAGCUUGCCAUGCUAUGGAAGGUCAAGAAAACGAGUUUGCGUUGGAUGCAACAAAUGAUGUGUUAGGACAUUAA